GAUAACAUAAAAAUGCUCUCUCGGUUACUGAAAGAACACCAAGCGAAGCAGAACGAAAGGAAAGAACUGCAAGAGAGACGCAGGCGAGAGGCGAUUGCAGCUGCCACCUGUCUGACAGAGGCCCUGGUGGACCACCUUAAUGUUGGGGUGGCCCAGGCCUAUGUCAAUCAGCGUAAGCUGGACCAUGAGGUGAAGACUCUACAAGUGCAGGCAAGCCAGUUUGCCAAGCAGACCGCCCAGUGGAUCAGCAUGGUGGAGGGCUUCAACCAGGCUUUGAAGGAGAUCGGGGAUGUGGAGAACUGGGCUCGCAGCAUCGAGAUGGACAUGAGAACCAUUGCCACGGCGCUGGAGUACGUGCACAAGGGUCAGCUGCAGGCAGCCUCCUCCUAGGCCCAAUGAGAAGCUCAGAAGCACUCGACCAACUCCUUGCUUAAGUUAACCUCUGCAGUUGCAUAAAUUCACACUGACUGGCUAACUCUGGUAUUUUGAAUUGUGGAUUGACUGAUUGCCAACACUGGUAAAUCGGGUACAAGGAUCUUGAUGGCUUUGCAUUAGCUGCUGUUGUAACAGGGCUCAUUGGUCAAUGGUAAGCUUAUUACGGUGAUGUAAUAGAACCCGUGCCUUUCGUCACAGGCUAAAUUUUUCAUCAUUUCUUAUCAGGCUUACAGUGUGUACCUUUUCCAGCAAUGAAAAUCCCAGCACGUGGACUUGUGAAGCUCUUUUGGGAAUAAAGUUUUAUCAUUAAGUCAUGGAAUAAUGUAUACCAUGCCAUAUCCUUGAACAAAUGUUUCCCUUUUUAGUUGGUAGCACUUUCAUCAUCGUUUCAUCACUCAUGUCACCUCCGUAAUCCCUCAUAAUGAUUAACAAAGGCAAUUAAAAGUAUUUUACCACUGAUGAAAAACUUUGUGAUAGGCAACAACUGUCAUGCCAUAAGCAGUUCCCACAGAAUAAAGUUACAUUCAUUACUACUCAUGUCAGUCUUUUAGACUGUUAGGGAGGCAAUACGUGGUCUAUGUACUGCCUUAUUUUCAAGUAAAGUGUUGUCAUAUUGUUUACAUGUGUUGUGUGGUAACUUUAGAGCUAAUAAAAACCAUGUUCUGUUAGUGUUUUCAGUGAGCUGAAUGGAUUAAGACUCAAGAUGGUGCUUACCUAAUUUUUUUUUGUCCAAAUAAUUUGCUGUAGAGCUAGUCCUGUCAAAGGAAAAAAAAAAAUCAUUCAUGUACAAUUAAUAAAAUGACACUAUCUUAUAGUUGUGUACAUGCGAUUUUUGGCAGCGGUAAAGGUUACUGAAGAAAUAGUAGCGUGUGAUUUUGGGUUCCUCAACAAAAAUUUGUGUCUGAGAUUCAUAUAAUGAUCAACAUGCAUUUCAGUUAAUUCCUCUGAGGAUGUGGAAUACUUGAAAAUUUGGAUUAGCCUCGCUGUCUGUACAGCCUCCCUGUUGUGGAACAAAAGAGGCUUUCAGCAAAAGUGCAGCAUGGAGCAAUAGGAUUUAUUGGCUAGUUAUUGGCCACAUGUUUCUUCUGACACACCAGAACCCUCCAGGCCUAAAGUAAUCUAUUUUCUUGCGUACCGAUUUGUGAACUGCUCAGCUUGGGCAGUCUCUAGUCUCUCUUUGCUUGCUGGACCAACAGCAAUGUCAGCUGUAGGUCAUUUCGGGUCCAUCUCCAGCAAACUUUCUUAAGACCACAAGCAUAAAACCACAGGCAAGAUCCAAUUGCUUCGUUGUAGUUGAGGACCUAAAUGUAGUUUUUACAUCUACUUGUGCGUAAAUCCCCUGUUGUAUCAAGGAAUUUUUUGUAUUCUGUGGGGAUUUUUCUGGCUCCUUGGCUUGCCUCAUGAGUCUGUGCUUAUUUUUGGUUAUUUAUUUCAGCCACUUAAGUUAGAUGACAAUUCCUUUAUGAAGGAACCAUACUUUUAAGUUGUGAAGACACAACAUACUUAAUUCAGAGUCCAAGAGGAGAAGUAUUUUUGGACAGCUUCCACUGCUGAAUCAACAAAAUCAUGCCAUACAGUUCUGUGCUUUCUCUGCUGCCAGCCUGCAUAGUAAGAAAACAAAUUAGCCUUGGAUAAACUAGGCACCUUAAGGCAGUGAGUUUCAUUUCAGACUAUAGUGGAGCGUCCAACAUUUUUAUAGAUGGACUUCCCCACAAAUGGUGCCCUUGUGAGAGGAACUUUAGUUCACAUAAUGUAAAGUGUCACAAGAUAUGCAGCUUCACCACUGCAGGGCAUGUGCUUCUGGUCAUAUUAAUUAAGCCUCUUAAACUCAUUGAAGGGAGUGACUUCAGCAGGCUCAGUACACACAAAAAUUAUGGGUAUUUUUAAUGUAAUUAUUAUUUUUUUUUUACCAGGUCUUAUGAUUGUAAAGUAUUCUCUUAUGUCACCUAUGAGAUACAUAAACUGUCACUUUAAAUCGGUCAUUUAAAAAAUUCUUUGAUGCAUUUAGCCUACAGUAGCAAAAUAACUGUCAAUAAAAAACACACCUAAAUGAAUGGUUUUAUUUUUAAGUCCAGUAAAUGCUGACUGGGUGGGUGGACACUAUUGUAGUCAAUAUCACUCACUGUCACUAUCAACUGUAUUGAAAAAGGUGUUGUAAAUGUGCAGGCGUCCCAAGUCGUAAGCUGUAGCUGUGCCAAAAACCAGAUGAUCUGAUGAGAG